AUGUUCGACUUUGACGACAUGCACUCCUACGAGCCCAAGUCCCCCUUCACCUGGGAUCCCUCGGCCGACUACACCAUGUCCUCCGUCCCCUUCCCCGGCUCCCCGGACUCGACCUCCAGCCAGCUCGAUCUCAGCUACAUGUCACCCAGUGAUCGACAUUAUGCCUCCGACGCGCUUAAUGGACAGGAGGUCGCCACAUCUGACUUUAGCGAGAGCGCCCUCUACUCGCACUGGCUCGCCGACCCAGAGCCUCUCGCAUUCCAUUCGUCUGCGGCGCCCAUCCCGAUCCCGCACCACGCGCAACUCUCGCCUGGUCCCCAGUCUCCGUACACAGCGUACAGCGACUCGCCCUCGGCGUUCCCCGAUGUCACCGCGUUCUCGCCGCUCACCGCAUACGCCGCCUUGCAGCCGUUGCCGCGCUCGUACACUCCGGAGGAAGACGCGGCGAUGACCCACGCGUUCCGCACCGCCGGCCAGACCUCCGUCUCGCCACCUGACAUGACCUUCACUAAGCCCGCAUGGGCGAUGCAGCUGUGGGACUCGCCCGAAGCGCAGAACGUCGCCCUUGCCACACCACCGCAGCCAUUCCCACCCCUGUCUGACGACGCUUAUGCAACCCAACGCCAGCGCGUCUCGUCGCGCCGCGGCCUCACGCCGGCGUCGCAGAUCUUCCAGUCGUCCAGCGCGCCGUCCGUCUCGUACGCGCGCCCGCCGCCGAUGACGCGGGGGUACAGCCGCCGCGCCGAAUCCAUCAGCGAGCACGACGACGCGACCAUCCGCAAGAAGAAGCGCGCGGAAGGCGAAGACGAGGAGACGCGAGCCGUGGAAAAGCAGCCGGAGACCCCUCCGCUCAAGUCGACGCUGCGGCCCCCUAAGCUCGCGCCCUCCGCUUGGCAGCUGUACUUCACGGAUUGGAUUGCGCAGCACCAGGCGUCGAGCCAGAAGAAGCUCAACGUCGCGCAGGCCGCGAAAGAAGCGGGCCAGGAAUACGCGAAGCUCACGCCUGAGCAGAAGGAGCCGUACAAGCGCCGCUCGCAGGCCGCCAAGGAGCAGCGCGAGCGCGAGCACGCCGCAUAUAUGCGCACGCUGACGCCGGAGGACAUCAAGCGCGAGAACGCGUUCCGGACCGCGCAGCGGCGCGCGGGCAAGUCGCGCAAGGGGAACAUCAAGGACCCGAACGCGCCCAAGAAGCCGCUGAGCGCGUACUUUAUGUUCCUGCAGCGCAUCCGGUCGGAUCCCGAACUGGUAAGAGAGGUGUUUGGCGACGAGACGGAGACGACGAAGCAGAGCGUGCUCGCGGCUGGCAAGUGGCGCUCGAUGACGGAUGAGGAGCGCAAGCCCUUCCUCGCGCAGGCGGAGCAGGAGAAGUUGGAGUACGAGUCGGCACGGAAGAUGUACGAAGAGGGCACGACGGGGUACGGCUCGAGCAUCAAUUUCAGCAUCCUCCCCAGCAGCCCCAUCAACGCGAUGCCGUUCCCGAGAAGCGUGCUGCGCCCGCUCAAGCGGGAGGCGAUGAGUUCCGAGAGCGAGAGCGACGGCUUCACGACCGACGAUGGAUCUGACAUCCCCAACCGCACAUGA